AUGGCGGCCCUGCCAAAGUUUCAUAGUCGGACAGGGUCGCUAGUCACGCUAAGUAACGACGGUCGUACAGCACAGAGAAGCCAUCCGACUCAAGAAUUUAACAAUGGCGUCGUUUUGAGUGCAGAGUCACUAAAGGAUGAUAAUGUAUUUGAAGUGAAAAUUGAUAAAAAGGUGAAUUCAUGGAGUGGUUCAAUAGAAAUUGGAGUCACCACCUGUGACCCCAACAACCUGAACUUCCCUAUAAGUGCUACAGGUUUCCGUGAAGGCACAUGGGUAAUGUCGGGAAGCUCCAUCCUGAAGGAUGGUCAUUCUGUGAUAGAGGAGUAUGGAGCAGAUCUUGACCAGCUGUCCGAAGGGGACAAAGUUGGAGUAAUGAGGACUUCGCAUGGACAUUUGCAUUUCUUUGUGAAUGGCGCAGAUCAAGGUGUAGCUGCAGUAGACAUCGGAUCUGUGGUGUAUGCAGUUGUAGAUCUGUAUGGGAAAUGUGCCCAAGUAUCCAUUAUUGAAAGUGUGUCUAAUGUCAGCCAAGAAAAUCAGCAAAAUGCUGUAUCAGUAACCAACGACGUGGCCAGUCAGCUGGCCAAUGAGUUUUUGACACAGUUGUCCAACCAGAUUGUGAAUGAUUUGACAAGAGGUGCUGAGGCCCUUAGUGUUUCUGAAGAGAGCGCUUUACAUUCUAAUGAACGACUAACAUUCCAUGAACGCUGUGGAAGUCUGGUAAAACUGAGCAAAAGUCACAGAACAGCUGAAAGGCGGCGACCACUGGAUGAGUUCAAUAAUGGCGUGGUUAUGACAAACAGACCCCUAAAAAAUGAUGAAAUGUUUGAAAUCCGACUUGACAUCUUGGUAGACAAGUGGUCUGGAUCCAUAGAAGUGGGCAUCACAACACAUAACCCUUCGACAUUGGAUUUUCCAGCAACUAUGACUAAUAUGAGAUCAGGCACUAUAAUGAUGAGUGGAUGUGGAAUCUUGACCAAUGGGAAAGGCACACGGCGAGAGUAUGGACAAUACAACUUGGAUGAACUAGAGCAAGGAGACAGAAUUGGACUUAUGAGGAAAUCCAAUGGUCACCUCCAUUACUAUAUCAACGGUCAAGACCAGGGUGUGGCUUCUACAGAGCCACCGGUCACAAUCUGGGGUGUUGUUGACCUGUAUGGUAUGGCUGUAAAGGUAACCAUACUGGACCGAAAUGACCCCAACUACCCGAACUCAUUACCUGUAGCUGCACCCCGCAACACCAAUAUCUUCAGGCAGUACCCGGACAUGUACGACGACGAACAGGAGGCUGAGGAAGAGGGAUGUGUAGAAAAACUCCUUUUUCAUCCCCACUGUGGCUCUCACGCAGCGGUCAUUAGUGGUCAGAAGACGGCACAUAGACCUAACGCCUUAGACGAUUUUAACAAUGGUGUGGUCCUGACAAGCAGACACCUGAGGCCAGAAGAACUGUUUGAAGUACGGAUAGACAGAAUGAUUGACAAGUGGGCGGGGUCAAUAGAGAUAGGUGUGACGUUGCACUCCCCACAUGACCUUGAUUUUCCCUCCACCAUGACUAACAUCCGAUCUGGCACCUGGAUGAUGACGGGAAAUGGUGUGAUGCAUAAUGGCACCACAAUCAUUGAUGAGUACGGGCAAAAUCUAGACAGACUCAAGACUGGAGACCGUGUAGGUGUAAGGAGGAAGACCGACGGAACACUCCAUUUCUAUGUUAAUGGUAUAGACCAAGGCCAGGCGGCUUCCAAUGUUCCUGAGUUUGUGUAUGGUGUCAUUGAUCUGUAUGGACAGGCUGCUCAGGCUACAGUAGUAGAUCAUUCAGAAUCCCUGUGUUCACCUGAUGCAGACUCCAGCUGUGCCCUGGAGACAGAGGAACUCAAAUUCCACUCCAUGCAUGGGCAGAAUGCAAUAGUUCUUAACAACGGCCGAACAGCCGCUCGACCCAAUGCCACAGGGGAAUUUAAUGAUGCUAUCAUCAUGAGUAAUCGGCCGCUGAAGGAUAAUGAACUCUUCGAAGUGAUCAUAGAGAAGAUGGUGGAUAGGUGGUCAGGCUCUAUAGAGGCUGGUGUGACACUUAUCAAGGCAGAGGAUUUGGACUUUCCCAAUACAAUGACAGAUAUUGAGUAUGAUACUUGGAUAUUAAGUGGUUCGGCCAUUAUGCAGGAUGGCUCAACCAUCCGUAACGGGUACCCUCUUGACCUAGACAUCAUGUCAGUUGGCUGUCGUAUCGGAAUGAUGAGAUGCUGCGAUGGAACACUGCACUACUACUUCAACGGCAUGGACAAGGGUGUAGCCUGCUCUGAUGUUCCUCCUGGUGUGUCUGCUGUCAUCGACUUGUAUGGACAGUGUGCUCAGGUGUCAAUAACGAGUGGUUCGGGCAUACUACCUACGGAUAAUAACGUACUUCAUACAGAUAUGCUACAGUCGGUAACCUCACCGAUCAACACAGAUGUCACACAUAGAUUCAGUCAAUGCUGUGGGAAAAACAUCACUAUAAAAAACAACGGGGCUAUGGCUUGUCGAGCCCGUAACUUCCAGCACGGUCUCAUCUUUAGCUCUGAUCCACUGAGACGGGAUGAACUCUUUGAAAUAAAAGUUGAGCAGUUAUCUAAAGUAUGGUCGGGAUCAUUACACAUUGGACUGACCACUCUAGCCAUCUCGGACACCACUCCUAUCUCAUCCAUUCCUUCAUCUGCUCUUGCCUUGACCACAAAGUUGACCUGGAUUGUCACAAGCUCAGAGGUCAGAAAAUCGGGAAUUGUCAUCAAAGAAAACUACGCCCCUUCGCUGGAACGUUUAGAGGUAGGGGACAAGGUUGGUGUCAAGAGAUGUCGGGAUGGUACGAUGCAUAUACUACUGAACGGAGAAGAUUUAGGUGUAGCAGCCUCCAAUAUACAAAAGAACGUGUUUGCUGUUAUCGACCUGUUCGGUGUUGUGGAGACGGUGUCUGUUACCAGUAGCGCCUCUACAGACAACUUAAUGUUACUGAGUCAGCAGUCGCAGAGUAUUGUGUCCGACUUAACAGAUAAUAAUGAGACUGAACGUGACCAGGACCAGGAUACAAACACAUCUUGUUGUUUUGAAUUCCACUGUAACCAUGGUAAAAAUGUUCUCCUUAGCAACAACAAUCUGACAGCCCGGCGGACAGCUAGCUAUAACCAAGGUGUUCUUGUAUCUAGUCGACCGUUACAACGCAACAAACUCUUCCAGGUGCAGCUAAACAGUCUCAACUCUAAGUGGAGUGCAUCACUGAUGAUAGGAAUAUUAGGCUUCUCACCUGAGCGAUUCAACUUUCCCGUGUCUGCCAUCUGUAUUAAAAAGUCAUGCAUGAUCAUCCAAGGGGAUUCUGUGUACAACUGUGGCUGCAAGGUGAAGGAGCACUAUGGCCCAAACAUUGACCGCCUCCAGUCUGGUCACUGUGUGGGUGUGUUAGUGGACGAUGAGGCGUGUCUCCAUCUGUAUGUCAAUGGGGUGGACCAAGGUGUGGCGGCUCGGGAUGUCCCUAACCCUUGUCAUGCUCUUAUUGACCUGUACGGCCAGUGUCAGGAGAUCACCGUAGUUACAGAGGACACGAGCGUCUCAUCACCAGUCAGCACUGUGGAUGAGAGAGAAAAAGCAGACAUUGAUGAUGUAGUGAAAGAAAAGUUACAUCGUGUGAGCAGUGAUGUAAAUGUGACGAGGAACUGUGAAUACCAGAACAUCUGUGCCAGGAUCAAAUCUGAGCUAGGUCUACCAGAAAACUACUUUGAUGUUCAGAGUAAUGUGUGUUUUUGUGAGACCUGUCACAAGAUCAGACGAGAGGAGGUGUACCAUAAGCGUGGAGAUCCUCCUCGGGAGUAUGCUCUCCCCUACGGAUGGUGCAGGUUUUCUAUUAGGUUACUCAACAAAGCGAAUGCAUUAAAUAUAGCGGAGAAGUGGCAUGUUGGUUAUUAUGGGGCCAGGAUGGAAGCUGUAAGGAGAAUUCUCGAUAGUGGAGAUCUUCAUGCUGUGGGUGAGGUGGCGACUGGAGGCAGUAUACUCCUCCCCCAGCCUGUACCCGUCACAGAAAAGUCCAGUCCAGACGGCUGUGGCCUGAAACAAAUCUUUCUAUCACCUACCAUCAGAUACGCAGGCUGCAAUGAGUUUUCUCCAAAGUACAGAAUGGUUGACCCCAAGACACGAAAGACAUAUCAUGUACGGGUAGCAUUCCAAGUGUGGCUGAAGCCAGGAUCUUACAAGGUGGGGCCUCAGUCACUCGGGGUUAAUGAACAGAUUGACCCCAAAAUCAGCAACAAUGAGCUGGAAUGGUCAACAAAGGAGCGGGGAUCAAUUAUGCUGGAUGGGCUACUAGUCAAGAUAGAAUAAAUGUACAAGAGAUCUGAUGUUUCCUUUACACGAUACUUGUGUUGAUAUAGAUGUACUGACAUAAUUAUAAGGAUGAUGAAAAGGCCGUUCAUCAUUAUCAACUAUUUUCCCUGUGUUUAGACAGAGUACCAAUGACCUACAAAUCUGCUGGAGUGCUGUUUUGACCAUGUGAAAGGGUUGGUUAUUAUGACAAAGUGUAUUUAAUAUGAUCUUGAUACAGUGUCCACUUCCAGGACAUUUCCCAGUCAUUUGUAAAGUCAUUCAAGUGAAAUGGUUUCUAAUUAUAUGACAAAGUGUAUUAUGAUCAUGAUACGGUGUUCACUUCCAGGACAUUUCGCCAUCAUUCGUGAAAAUGUUUGAUACAGGGUUCAAUACAGGGUUAAAGUUCAAGUGGGAAUUUUUUAUUUCAGAUUUAAAGGUUUUUUUUUCAACGCCUUUAAUAGAUUAUGAAAAUAUAAAUAGAUCUUCUGUUAAAAAUAAUUUAAUAUGAUCAUCACUGUCAGGCUGAACAUAUAGGAUAACAAUUUUUUUUCUUAUCCUGUGGUUCCUCUUAUGCAUGUAAUACUGAUUUGCAGCAAGACAUCAAUAUAAGACACCAUUGUAUUGUUACCAUGAUGUCAAGCAGCUUUUGUGACUGGAGUUUGAAAUGAGGAACUCACAUACCCUUCAAAAAGUAGCUACGUCUGCCCAGUGUAAAAGUCCUUAUCAAUCGUACGACUCCAUGGCAACAGUACAAAGAUAUCAUGGUUGGUAUUUCAAUCAUGUCUCUGCAGUAUGUCUUGUAUUGUAGCUGUAGCAUCAAUAUUCCAUACAAAAGAGGAAAAAUAAGGUAAAGAAUUUUGUGGAUGAGUCUUGUAGAAUCUUUCACGCCCUUGGGUGUGACACAUUGUGAUCUCAAUCGAAGGGGGAUGAUUCUUAAGUUGAAGAAACCAGGCUAGCUAACCGAUGUAAUGGAAAAGGAGAUAUCAAUUCUCAGGAUGAAAUUCUAUACUGCCAAACAUUAAGAAAAUCUCAUAAUUUUUAACUUAAGAAUCUUACCACUCCUUUUGAGGUCACUGCCUAUUAACUUAAGAAUCUUCCCAUUCCGUACCCCUUAUAAAUCCCAAAAAGUUGCACCCCGUGAACCCAAAUCAAAAAUGAUAUUAUUUUCAAAAUCCUGACUAGUGAGCCCAUAAAACAACUAUUUGAGUUCAGAUGUUUCAAUAUUACAUCUAAUAACAUUGAAAGUCUUGAUGUAUAUAACCGUAUGAGAUGUGACGUCAUUGAAUUGAGGUUGUGGACGUUAUGGUCAACAGGAAAAGUUCCAUUACUCUAGAUCUGGUGAUUGAUGUGGUACCAGGAUUCCAAUCAUGUAUGAUGUUUGUUAUACAUAAACAAUAAUUAGAUUUCUCAUAUGAAAUCUAUAACAUAUUCAGAAUGUAUAAAUUAGACUAAGUUUUGUUUUGACAUUUUCCAUAUGAAAAGCUGUCUCAAUGAUGUAUUCACACCCAAUGACAUGUUUUUCUCAUUUGUAAUAAAUACUGAAACAUGUAUUCAUAUUAAGUCAAUUAUAUUUUAUUACUUUUGAUAAAAAGUAACUGAUUCCAAAUUAAUAUAAAUGGUGUUCUUAGUCAGAAGUAUUCAUUAUAAUAAAGCUGUAUGUAAAUGUGAUAGUGAUUUUCGUUGACUAAGAAUGACAAACCCCCAAGACUUACCACCGAGUAUUGCUUCAAUACUUACCUAAUAUGUACAACAUGGUUUGAUUGGGGCUAGAUGAUGUAGAUUCAAAUGUACCAAUGCUACUACCAAUAUUAAAACAGGACAUUUCUUUUAUUAAAUGACAUUUUGUAAAAAAACAAAAAAGUGUAGUAUUGUAAUGAUAGGGAGAAAGUGAUGUCUGGUACAAAAAGCAUUAAAGUUUUGUUGUCUGUGUUGGAGCAGUCAUUGUACAUGUUUGUGUUUACAAAUUGAUUGACCAAAAAUGGCAAUUUCCAAGUCAGAAAGUCUGUUCUUUGAGAGAAAAGGGGACAGAAUAUCAAUUUCAUAAUUUGAUCACAUUGCACUGGAAACAAAAUCAUAAUAUUUUAUUUUGACAAAAAUCAAUUGUGCAUUAUUUUGUAUUUACCAAAUCUUAUAUCACAAAUCACAGUGAAAUUUUGUAUAUUGCUUACAAUUUCAUCAUUCCUUACACACAUUUUUGACUCUCAUGCAAUUGCCACAGUAGGAGUAUUUCAUAAAUGGAUGAGAUUGGGCUUUCAUAUUUGACAAAUAUGUUCCUUAUGACAAGAUCUUUUCUUUGAUACUACAUUUACGGACAUGGUGACCUUUGACCUACUUCUAUAAAAACUUUAACCUUGGCCAUAGCAUGUGAACCGUAUGAGAUAGGGCUUUCAUGUUUGACGUGUUCCUUUUGAUUAGACCUUUCCAUUGGUGAACCUGCUGACCUUGUCCGUGAAUCUUGACCUACGCUUAAAAUGCUUAUUCCGAAUUUAAACCCACUCAGUAAGCUAUAUUGUCUUCUGACAACUUUUUUUUGCACUUAACCAAGAUUGCGAAUGAUCAUUGAAUAUUGAACUGAAGAAGUGUGUUAAAGUUUGAACAUGCAAGUAGUACAUCACUCUGUCUCCUUAAAACAUGACAAUCAUGACAAAGCAGCCAACAAAUUAUUUAGAAAUUAAUCUACAAAGUGCUAUCAUGCUUAAUUUAUAUAUUUGUUUUUUUUUUUUUUCAUUAUUAUUUUUAAAAAAUAUUAUAAUUUACCUGCAAUGGACUUUAUAAAUGUAACAGAUCAAAAUUAUAUGUUUUUCAAAAUCAAUCAUGUGGGAGUCUAAAUUAAAUGUAGAAUCACAAGUCCUGUCAGGCUAGAAAUUAAAUGGAAAAUAUACUUAAAACUAGACUGUAUAAUUCUUAUAAUAAUCCUCUUUAUACCAGAACUUCAAUGAUUUGAUAUUCUAAAGCAGCCUUUAAAUUGAAAUGCUUUCAAUAGAAAAAGUCCAUCACAAAUUUUCCUUUUUGAUGAUAUGUUCAAAUACCAAGUAUUAUAUUGUAUGGGAGAGGUGAGGAGAAUAAUCAGCUGCAAAUCUAGCACCAUCCCCUACCCAAAUGAAAAACAAAAUUAAAAGUAUUGGGUUCAGUUGGAUCAUAUGCAUGAUUAUAUACUUAUUACUAGAAAAUACUAAAUAUACACAUUAUGAGAUUCUUGUCAGAUACAUUUAUGUACAAACAACUCGUAAGAUGAGAAAUUUUAAAUGAUAUCAUGGACAUUAAUUCUAUCAUGAUUAUAACUGAUAUAAUUACAACUGAUGUAUUAAUAAAUAUAUAUGUAAUUCCACUACGGAAGGUUUCACCUGUCAGCUGUAGAUUUUAAGCAUGUUAUUCUACAUCUUGGGAUAUCAACAGUCAAUUGCACUAUGCUUAGCUGCAAAUGUCACUUAGUGUAGUGCAAUUGGCCGUGGGUAUCCGAUGAUGGUGUUCCAAGAAAACUUUGAACUUUUGAUGUAUUAUUUGCAAUUAUGAUAUCUGUGAUGUGAUGUUCAUUGAAGUAAAAAAAAAAUCAAAUCUGUGAUGGGGCACUCCAGCAAAAUAUCUACCCAACUGGAGAACUCCAGAGCCCAUAGUCAUGAAACCAUAUUUCAGCAUAAGAUAUGUGCUCAACCCAAUUUCCUUUAAACUUGCUUAUUUUUUUAAUGAAUUAAAAAUCAAAGAAUAUUAUUUCGGUUGAAAUGCGUUUGCGAUUCCUUCAAAUCUUUGAAAUACAUUUUAUAUUAAUCCAGAUAUCAGAUUGAUAACCGAAAGUCUGAGCUUAAAAUGUGUAUUUGAGCAAGAGAACAGUUUUAUGAAUAUGGGCUCAUGGAGGUAUAUCAGAUACACUCCGUGGAGAGUAUCAUACUGAACACCCUUGGCUAGUGAAGUCUGCAUCAACCAUGCAUAGCCCUCCCUUGGGAUAUAUAUUUUACUGGAAUAGGACUUACAGUAUAAAGCUAUUGCUUUUGAAUUAGAUAAUGUAUUUCUUACAAAUUAAUAUUGUUAGCAUUUGUUGUGAAGACAUAAGGCUGUCAGAGUCAUUAAGUUUCAGUAUAUAUUGGUUGCUAUUUGUCAAUCUAGGAUUUUUAAGCUCAUCACUGCGACAGUGUUUCAGUAUGGCCUACUGUUGUAACAAUGUAUCCUAUGAUUAGAGAUAUCCAUGUCACUCAGUGCUGUUAUUUAUAUAUUUAUGUUUUAUUUAAAAAUUACAUUCAUUUUAUGGAAGGCAUAGAUAUUUAGGAUAACAUUAUUCACAUAUUGUUUUAAACAGGAACUAUAUGUCUUUGAUAUAUCACAGCAUUUCCUUGAUAUCAUUUUCUCUAAUAUACUAUUAUUCACAUAUUGUUUUAAACAGGAACUAUAUGUCUUUGAUAUAUCACAGCAUUUCCUUGAUAUCAUUUUCUCUAAUAUAGUUCAAAUUAAUAGGUCUUUGUUAAAAUGCAUUGGAAAACCCAGACAUUAAAAACCAAGUUCAGUUUAAAUUUUAUGCUAGGAAGCCGUUAGAAAUUAUCAUUUCAUUGAUCCUGGUAUGUCAGAAACUGCAAUUCGACUUGUGACUACUGGUUGUUUUCAAUUAUUCAUUCUAUUUUUUCCCAAUUUUAUUUGGAUGGUAUCUAGGUUAAUUUGAAAGAAAGAUAUUUAAAAGGGUUAAAUGGAACAUAAACAUUUGUUAAUCAUUGCUCCAGAUUAAAUUGUACUUUACUUCUGUAAUGUGAUAAUUAUGUUUCAUAAAUAUUCAUUGACAAGUUAUUGCAGGCAUUUAAAUUUACCAGGUACUGCAAUGAGUUUAUUAGUAAAACAUGUCUCUUUUUAAUUAAAAACUUUUCCACCUUUUUUUUUAUUACAGUACAUACAUCACUGCCACAUGUUUCAAUUUAGGUUUGCAUAGUUUUUGACGUCCUACAACUGCUAAGGUCAUUUAAGGACACACUCCACUGUAAUGGGGGGGGGGGGGG